AUGACAACAACUAAAAUUCUUCUUCUCAUCAUCAUCAUCAUCUCAAUCAUCUUCUUUUUAACUGGGUUUGUCGUACUUUGGAAACGUCGCCUUAAAAGAAGAAAUGUUCAGCCUGGAGCAAAAUCAAGUACAAGAAAUGGCGAUAUAUUUUCAAUCUGGAAUUUUGAUGGAAAAAUUGCAUUUGAAGAUAUCAUCAAAGCAACGGAAGAAUUUGACAUCAGGUAUUGCAUCGGAACAGGUGGGUAUGGUAGUGUGUAUAGAGCACAACUACCAAGUGGGAAAGUAAUCGCAUUAAAGAAGCUCCAUGGUUCAGAGAUUGAAAAGCCAGCUUUAAAAGAAAGUUUUCUCAACGAAGUAGAGACUUUGACAAAAAUUCGCCACAAAAGCAUUGUGCAACUCCACGGAUAUUGUUUGCACAAAAAAAGUAUGUUUUUGAUUUACGAGUACAUGGAAAGAGGAAGCUUGUUUUAUGUGUUGAACAAUGAUAAAGAGGCUGUUGAUUUGAGUUGGAGCAAAAGGGUUAAUGUCAUCAAAAGCUUAGCUCAUGCAUUAUCUUACAUGCAUCAUGAUUGUACUCCUUCCAUUGUCCAUCGUGAUGUAACUACCACCAACAUCUUGUUAAACUCACAAUUAGAAGCUUUCUUAUCUGAUUUCGGUACAGCAAGAUUAGUUGAUCCUGAUUUUUCGUAUCAAACCAUGAUUGCCGGUACAUACGGUUAUAUUGCUCCAGAAUUUGCCUACACCAUGACCAUAACAGAAAAAUGUGAUGUUUUUAGCUUUGGAGUGGUGGCCCUUGAAACUUUAAUGGGCAAACAUCCUGCUGAAUUAUUAUCGUUGGUAUUGUCGACAUCAUCUUCCUCACUACUUCAAAAUAAGUUACUGAGUGAAAUAAUAGACCAACGCUUGUCACGACCGAGAAAUCGCUUCAUCGAACGAGAUGUUGUUCUUGUUGCAAUACUAGCAUUUGCGUGCUUAAAUGUCCAACCGAAUUGCCGGCCAACAAUGUUGCAAGUUUCACAACAACUUCUUUCUCAAAAAGGACUUUUAGCCAAGAGUUUCAGUGAUAUUUUAGUAGGGCAACUCAUGAUCCCAAAGUGUUUAUUAGAAGAUGUUGAAACUUGAAAGUGAGGUUCAGUGAUAUAUUU